AUGGCAGCAACACCACACUACACACGUCCAAUGCGGAGCCAUGCUGGUGCUUCUGAGGAGGACGUGCUAAAUGAACCAGACUGGGUUAUAACCCAUAACCACCGAAUCGGGUUUCGCGAUCGCGAUAAUCGGCAUCCAGCUUACACACAUGUUGGAGAUGACUGGGGUCCGGAGCAGGAGCAAGAAUUUCUAGCUCAAGCAAAGAAAGAAGCAGACGAGCUCAACAAAAAGCUGGUGGAACACGAUCUGAUUACCGUCCGCGAUUACAUGGACAAGCAAGAGGACUAUCAUUUGAGGUUACCUCAACAUCACCCGCGAGGCUGGCGCUACGUCCUUGAUACUACGGAAGACUUCAUAAAGUACCAGCAGGAUUGGCCUGUCAACGUUAGGAGGCGUCAGCAGGAGGAAGAACAGAAGAGGAAGAACGAGAAACUGAAAGAAAAUGACAACCAGGAACCACAGAACGAACAUGAAUGGCGACGGGGUCGCGGUGAGAAUGUGACUCACAACGAGGCACAUGCCACAAGCCAACAAUGCCCUGAUUAUGACCGCGAGGGGAGGGACAAAGAUCAAGGAAAAGGCCCACAGGAAAAGUAUUCGCCUCAGGAGCUGUCCUUGCUGCGCCUGCUAGAGGCAGAGAGCAAUUACAUGAAGACACUGAAACAGAACGAUGGUGCAGUCGAGUCACCCGCCAAGUGGGCAAAAGAGAAGGACUUUUCCAUUAACGAGGAUGACCAAUUCACCCCGACAACUGGAUCCCCCGAUCUCCCCACCUCAUCCGCCUAA